AUGGAGACCAUCACUAACAAGAAGAACAGUUUGAACACGGACCUAGAGUCUGUUUGUGACAAAUUGGACGCAAUGAAGGCCGCCCAAGAGGCAGCCGCUGCUAUGGCAGAGUUAUCUAAAAAUGUUAGGCCCGUUCCUAUGCUCACAGUAGAUGUCCCUACGGGCCCACCGGGCCAGACACUUGUCAGCACUACUCCACUACUCAGUCCCUUGGAUUGCACCAUUGCACCACCAGCAACAGCUCACAAAACGGACUGA